GUGAUGGUUUAUUAUUAGCUUUGUUACUAGUUGUUUGGAGUAAUAUUGUAAUUGAGCUUGUAGAUUCAGAAAUUUCUUCAUUAAUAUCUAAUUCUAUAUUAGAUGGAUUAGAUCCUCAGUAUCAAGCAUCUACUUACCCAACGAUAUCUGAUGUUUGUUUGUGCUUUGGAUGUAUUUUUCAAUAUCUUGAUAAAUUUAUUGAUGAUGAAUUGCAUUUGGAAAAAUCAAUUCUUGAUCCAUCUUCAAAACUUACAACAUUUGCAUAUAGUGAAAAAAGAGAUAAGGCUAUUGCAAGUUUAUACAAUUUAAUGCAAAUAGACGAACCACUAGAAGAAUUAAAUUUAUACUUAUCUUCACCUCCGUGUUCUAAAGAUCCUUUUAACUGGUGGGCAUUAAAUAGAUAUCAGUUUCCUACUUUAGCAAAAAUAGCUUGUAAUUAUUUAGCUAUUCAAAGAACUAGUGUUUCUUGUAAAGAGUCAUUCUCAGUAGCAGCAAGAACAAUAACAAAAAUAAGAAAUCAUCUUCUUUUUGAAACAGCUCGUACUUUGCUUUGUAUGAAAAGCUAG